CCUUGUAAUUUAGUUUGAAUUGAUGCGCCUUUCGCAACAGAGAGCAAUAAUGUUCCUCAGAAAUGUUGUGCUUUGCCAUCUGUAGUUGAAGUUCCAAGUUACGUUCAACUACUGCUUCUCCCAUUUUUAUCGACUCACUCUUUCAUGUGACACAGUGUAUUGCCAUAUAAAUCAACAUCGGCGUCUUCGGAUUAUACCGUCAUGAGUGUGAGCGGUAUAUGAUUAGCUCGAAGAUUAGCCGAAAUUUAUUAAUUUGGUGAUUGGUUUAAUACAUCAAGUUAUUGAUCAUAAAUCUGAAGGAAACCAACCGUUCGCCGUUCGUGAAGUAUAGAAGAGCAGAAAAAAAAUAUACUGGCUGUAGACCACGUACUAAUGCGCGAUGUAGUUCGUACGUAUGUAGCACAGACGUUGACACGUCGGUUGUAAUUGGUCUCUGACUGGGAUAAACUUCAGGUUGAAUUCAGAUUAAGAGUGCAUAAUGGCCAUCGAAUUUGCAAUGAAUAGAAUCAAGGCGUUGCUUCUCUUGAUAUUGGGGAUCUUCAGACGAGCUAUGUGUUGUUUUCGGAGACGGCGGAGGUCCUCCUGUGAAUCUAUACCACUUUUAGCGGUUGGCGUUGUGCCCAACAAUGUUAAUAAUCAUGUGGAGUUAGAACAGUGGGCCCAGUGGGAAGAGAAUCCAGUUGUAGUUGUACCGGAUAAACCUGAAAACAUAGUUCAAGCCAAGAUUGAACAAUACAGACAGCAAGUUGCCAAACCACCAGAGCCUCAUGAUGAAGAAGUACAGCCAGAUUUCUUUGAGGAUAUGACACCGAGAAUAACUCGUCAAACGAAAAUUCUUAUCAGGAGUAAACCAAAGGAGGAAGUAACUAGGAAUACGUCCAAAUUUGCAGUCCUCACGGAACCUGUACUUUCAACUGAACUAGGAGAAUGGGAAGACAAUACCGCUGGCUGGGAAUCAGAGACUGUUGAGGAAUUGGCUGAUCCAAACGAAGCACUGAGAGAACAGAGACGGAGGGAGAGACAUCAACGGAUGCUUGAGCAACAACAGAGAAGAAUGGAUCGAACAGCAAGACCUCAACCUUUAGGAACAAAAAUAGGCUCUUGAUCAAUGAUAUACCUGAAGCAAGAUUAUUCCAAAAAUGCAGAGAUACUCUCAGAUGUACGGUCUGAGUAAUUAUUAAAACCACAACUAUAUCUAAUUGGAACACAGGCAGGUGAAUGUAACCAAGAAGAUAGUUUUUGUGUAGUAUGUGUAAUCGCCUACUGAUCAUGUCCCAUUUGGCAAACGAUUGCACAAGUAGUGGCCCAAGAAGUACACCUUAAAUUCAACGCUCAAAUCAUCUAUUGAAUGAUUGUGUUGAUUUUGUAUAACUUAGGUGAAAGUGUCACACUGUGGAUACUUAUGCUCAGUGCACAGGGUGUGAUAUGAAUGUCUUGUGUCAAAAUUAUGCACUGAAUUUAACUCUAUUAUUUGUAUAUAAUCGCUAUUCGAUCACUGGUCUAUUAUUGAGAACAUGUAUGUCACGUCAGACGAUAUGGUGGUUGAAUAACUAACUUUUCGUGUAUGAUAUUUUUAAUCACAGAAACUGUAUUCUAGAACGAAUAUUGCGUAUGAAAUGAAAUUUUUUAAUGAGAUACUUUCAUUAAACCAUUUAUACUAUGUUUAAUGGAAUCUGUGGAAUUUGUGGUAAUGUUUUGACUGAUCGCGAGUGCCAGAGGAAAAAAACUAUGAUUGAUAUGAUAAACCAUUCUAGUUUUUAAGAAAAAAAUUUAACUGCAGUGUCUGGUAUACACUUGAUUCAUCGGGAUGUUUUCAUAAUAUAUUUGAAUUAAAAACUAUUAUAAAGGAA